CGCAUGUAACGCACACCGUCUUUGUCUUCUCUCACGAGGUGGUUGUAUUUCUCUGUAUUAACUAUUAACACCUAAAAAUAAAAACUUCCAUUGAACUAUUGGAGAAAGCUUGGCUUGUCUCUCUUCUAAGCUCAAAUCCCCUUCUCUCUCUCUCUCUCUCUCUCUCUCUCUCUAUCACUAUAGAGUAUUUAUUAUAAUGUAAUAAUAAGAGUAUUCGCAGAUACUGUUCUUAUCUACAUGAGUUUCGUAUCUUCUCUGUUCAACUCGUUAUGUCAGAAGAACUAGUUGAUUAUGAAGAAAUUUCUAUAAGAAGAAACCCAAACUCACCCAUAUUAAAAAAGAGAGAAAUUUGUUGGUAGAUCUAACUAUAUAUACACUCUUCUUUUUCUUUUUGGACUUUUUUUUUUUUGUUCUGAUUGGGAGAGGAAAGAUGAACAAUCUGAGUUAUCUCGAACCAGAUUACUCUGAGUUUGUUGAAGUUGAUCCUACUGGAAGAUAUGGAAGAUAUAAUGAAGUUCUGGGUAAAGGAGCUUCAAAGACUGUUUACAGAGCAUUUGAUGAAUAUGAAGGGAUAGAAGUAGCAUGGAACCAAGUGAAGCUCUACGAUUUCUUACAGAGCCCUGAGGAUCUUGAGAGGCUUUACUGUGAGAUCCAUCUCCUCAAGACCCUAAAACACAAGAACAUCAUGAAAUUCUACACCUCUUGGGUCGACACCGCUAAUCGAAACAUCAAUUUUGUCACUGAGUUGUUCACUUCAGGCACCUUGAGACAGUAUAGACUGAGGCACAAGAGAGUGAACAUAAGAGCGGUGAAGCAUUGGUGUAGACAAAUCUUGAGAGGCUUACAUUAUCUUCACAGCCAUGACCCUCCUGUAAUCCACAGGGAUCUCAAAUGUGACAACAUUUUCGUUAAUGGGAAUCAAGGAGAGGUCAAGAUUGGAGACCUUGGCCUCGCUGCCAUUUUAAGAAAGUCCCACGCUGCUCACUGCGUCGGGACGCCUGAGUUCAUGGCUCCUGAAGUCUACGAAGAAGCGUAUAACGAACUGGUCGAUAUAUACUCGUUCGGUAUGUGCAUCUUGGAAAUGGUUACAUUUGAUUACCCCUACAGCGAGUGUACUCACCCUGCUCAGAUCUACAAGAAAGUGAUGUCGGGCAAGAAACCGGAUGCAUUGUACAAGGUGAAAGACCCCGAGGUUAAAUAUUUCAUCGAGAAAUGCUUGGCCACCGUAUCGCUUAGAGUCUCUGCGCGUGAGUUACUGGAUGACCCUUUCUUUCGAAUAGACGAUGGUGAAUUUGAUUUGAGAUCAGUUGAUAUGGAUGAUUCGGUCGGGCCACUUGUGAGGCCACCACAUCAUCUCUCUGACUACUACAAUUACCCGUCGAACAGUGGCUCCUUGAACCGUCAGUAUUCAAAUGGUUAUAGCGGCCACCACGAGUAUCAAAACGGAUGGGCGUAUAAUCCAGCUGAGACAGAGGAGACUCACGGAAUCGAGCUCUUUGAGUGUCGAAACGGAAAUGAUCAAGAAGAAGACAAGGGCUCUGGUAAUGUUGAUAUAAGCAUCAAGGGCAAGAGAAGAGACGAUGGUGGCUUAUUCUUGCGUCUUAGGAUCACCGACAAAGAAGGGCGUGUCCGAAACAUUUACUUCCCAUUUGACAUCGAGACAGACACGGCACUGAGCGUUGCAACAGAGAUGGUAGCGGAACUUGAUAUGGACGAUCACGGAGUCACCAAAAUCGCCAACAUGAUCGACGGCGAGAUAUCUUCUCUUGUGCCUGGUUGGAGACCGGGCCCUGAAUUCGAAGAAUGUCUAGCGGCCGCGGCGGCUGCAAACGCGAACAUCUGUAGCAACUGCGUGUCGAACCGCACCUCGAUGGGCUCGGUGAUGGACUUCCUGAGGACCAAUCCUGGAGCAAACGUUGCACAAUGUUGCAGAAACGGGUGCGGUGAGACUCAUGGCCGGUUUGAAGAGAUCACAAUAAGAGAAACAGAGGUUCGUCUCAGAGAGAUCUGGAGGCUGCAGCAACAGCAGGAAAGCCGAGAGCUUAGCUCGAUAGAUUCGGGGCAAAACCACUCUGAAGAAGACGAAGAAGAAGAGGAAGAAGAGCCAUACGAUGACCCCGAAAUAACCUUCUCUUGCGAGGCAAGUAACGCGAUAAACCAUCUAUCGGGUUCUGGAUCCUUCUCGUUUUUGCCGUCCAUAUACUGCGACGAGCUAGCCGAGAAAACCGAGAAUCAGGUCCAACAAGAGUUAAGAUGGAUUAAAGCCAAAUGCCAAAUUGAGGUCAGAGAGAUGCAGGAUGAGCACUUAAAAUCCCGGUGGCCGGAAUCCGGAGAAGAGGCGGACGGAUUCUCGGGUUCGGUUUCGGGCUUGGAAAGAGGAGACGAAGAUAAGGUGAAAGAGAAGAUGUUUGGGGGAAGAUUGGUACCAAAAUGUCUUAAAAGGACAACUUCGCUUCCCGUUGAUGCCACUGAUUCUUGAUUACUUUGUGUUUCUUCUUCAUGUAUACACAUAUUGUUUGCUAUUGCAAGACUUACAGGGUAACACAUAAGUAUACUUAAAAGAGAUCAACUUCAAUUCUUUUGGGGAUAUUCGAUCCCCUCUCAAAAAUUUAGUUUGUGAAAACUUGAAAAUGCAAUAACAUUUUUAAAAAUGUUUAUUUUGUU